AUGUCCGCCACCUCUCACCCCGUCAUCGCCUCUCACUCCCACCCCCCUAUCGCCUCUCCCUCACUCCCCGCCAUCGCCACUCCCUCCUAUCCCACCAUCUCCACUACCUCCCACCCCGCCGUCGCCACUCCCUCUUAUCCUGCCGCUGUCUCUUCUCUCAUCCGGCCGCCGCCUCUCCCUCCUCCCCGCCGUCGCCUCUCCCUCCUCCCCGCGGUCACCUUUCCUUUCUCCCCGCCGUCACCUCUCCCUCCUCCCCGCCGUCGCCUCUCCCUCCUCCCCGCCGUCGCCUCUCCCUACUCCCCGCCAACGCCUCUCCCUCCUCCCCACCGUCGCCUCUCCCUCCUCCCCGCCGUCGCAUCUCCCUCCUCCUCGCCGUCGCCUCUCCCUCCUCCCCGCCGUCUCCUCUCCUUUCCUCCCCGCCGUCGCCUCUCCCUCCUCCCCGCCGUCGCCUCUCCCUCCUCCCCGUCGUCGCCCCUCCCGAGAGUGGCAAUGAGCAGUAGUGAGUAUGAUCAUGCGUGGGUGGAAAUGAGUAGCUUAUAUGCCUGCGAGACGGGAUGCUCACUGGGUGAUGACUCGCUCGCUACUACCCACGUUCGACGCAUUUCUGCAAGUCUGUCAAGCGAGGCCCAGGCGUAA